AUGCCGUCCGUCGUCGAGGUCGUCACCCAACUCAGCAAGGAGGCAACCCUGUACACCAUUUCUACACUGAUCAUCUCCGCCUUUCUAGUAAUCGCGGUUCUUAAAUGCGCCUACCGAGUCUUGCUUCAUCCUCUUCGCGGUGUCCCCGGUCCCUUUCUCGCCAGGAUUACUGCCUUGUAUUUCCUCCCAUCCACCUUCAAAAGCGACCGAGUCUACGUCUUGCGACAACUGCACGAGAAAUAUGGUCCUAUCGUUCGUGUUGGGCCCAACGAGGUCUCAUUAUCCGACUGGAGAAUGUAUCGACGAAUAUACACAAACAAGCAAGCCCUAAAGGAUCCCAAGUUCUACUCGCCCUUUUCUUUCCUUGGGCAUGGGAAUGUCUUUUCCGUUACCAACGCUGCAGACCAUUCAUCACGCCGAAAGCUUCAAGCAAAGACCUAUUCUCAACAAGAAAUCGCUUCACACGCUUCCAGCAUCUUGCAGAGGACGGAUGUUCUCAUCAAUCGCCUCCUCAAGUCUGCCUCGGACUCCCCAACAAAUACCGCCAAUGCCUACGACCUGUUUGGAGCAUGGGGCCUCGAGAUUAUAUGCAAGCUUCUUGUGGAUGCUGAUAUCCCCGAUGAUCCGAGCCAGACAAUACACAUGCUUGAAGCGCUCGAGUCAAGCCCUCCUACGUUCUUUGCCAACAUCCUCUUCCCUUGGCUUCCGACAUUGAGGUUCAAGACCAAGCUACCUGGUAUUCUUGGACAUGCAUAUCGGGCAUUUGAUGAAUGGGAGAGGCUUACUAUUGGAAUGUUGAAGGACUACCAGAACCAAGAACGAGACUCUAGCGACAGAAGGCAGUUUGGUGUGGCUCCUCUUCUUGAAUCAAACAAUAAACACCUCGGGCGAAGUUACCACUUCCGCGAAGCGCUGGAAGAAGCCAUGGGUAUCGUUCUGGCAGGCAGCGGGGUCAGUGGGCACACCUUUAUCUACUUGACCUACGCUCUGGCGCUUCCUCAGGGAAGACGAGUUCAAGAGACACUACGGGCAGAGCUCAGGGGAGCGGGAGACUCCCUGUCAGAGCUCAUGGGCUUGCCUUACCUUUCAGCGGUUAUCAAGGAGACGUACCGGGUGUAUCCAGCCAUCAUGUCGACUCUCCCACGAAUUCUGGGCGAGCCACUUGAGGUUGCCGAUACCGACCUCACGCUUCCUCCUGGAACCAUCGUCGGCAUGCAGAACUAUGUUCACCACCGCGAUCCAGUACUCUUCCCCAGGGCGGAUGAAUUCAUCCCAGAGCGUUGGCUUGAGAGUCAUGAGAUGAGCCGGGGCAUCAACCUCGAUGAUGCCAACGCCGCCUUGACACCCUACAGUGUAGGAUCGAGAAACUGCAUGGGACAGACACUUGCAAAGACGGAGCUUUACCUCGCGGUUCCUCGCUUGGUGAGGCGGCUCGAUUUCAGGUUGAGUAGUGAAAUGAAGCCGGAUGACAUGCACAUGAAGGAUUUAUGGGCAGUUCAGCCCAAGGGACGACGCCUUUUCUUGGACAUCAAGCCUGUGGAUGAGUAA